CCCGGCCCCCGGCGGGGCGGGCCCGGCCCGGGCACGGGACAUGGCGGCCGGGGCGCGGGGCGCCUGGAGCGAGUGGCCCGUGGAUCACUUCCUGCGCUCCGGGCUAAUCGGGGCCAGGGACGGGGCCGCCGUGCGCUGGUUCCACGCCGCCAACAGCAGGGCCCGGGCGGCGGAGGCCGCGCGAAGUGAUGUGCACAUGGUGGAGGUGGAUGUUCUCCUUCGUGGAGGGGACGGGGACCCCAUCCUGGCUCACCCCCCAGACACCGACAGCGACAUCACCCUGCAGGAGUGGCUGGCACAGAUGGUCAGCACCAAAAAAGGCAUCAAGCUGGAUUUUAAGAGCCUGGCCGCCGUGGGACCCUCUCUGGAGCUGCUGGGGCAGGUGGGGCAGCCCCUGGACAGACCCGUGUGGCUGAACGGGGACAUCCUGCCCGGGCCCCGCGGGAGCCGCGCGCCGCUGGAUGCCCGCGCCUUCCUGGAUGCUGUCACCUCGUCCUGCCCCGAGGCCACCCUCUCCCUGGGCUGGACCACAGGCUGCCACCAAGGGCAAGGCUACGAGUGGCCCAUGGUGCAGGAGAUGUCCCAGCUGUGCCAGCCCCUGUCCCAGCCCGUGACCUUCGCAGUCAGGGCUGCACUGGUGCCCAGCUCCAUCCCACAGCUCCACUGGCUGCUCCAGCAGUGCCCCAGAUACAGCCUCACUGUUUGGACAGGAAAAGAAGACAUGUAUUCUGUAGAAGACUUGCUUCUCAUCCGAGAAAACUUUGAUAAAAGUAGGGUUUAUUAUGACAUUUUUGAGCCACAGAAUUCUGAAUUCAAGAAAGCCAUUGGAUUAGAGUGGUAAAUGCAAAGCAGGAAAUGCCUGACCUUACAGUGCUUUAUAUUGUAACCCCCUUUAAAUGUGAGGAUUUUUUGUUCAAAGCAAUGCAUUUUCCUUGCCAGAAGGACUGUGUUGGGCACGCCUGUGGCUGCUGGAGGAGUUUUUGUUCAGCUCUAUAGGAAGACCUCUCAGAUGGAAAUGUAGUGCCCUCCUCAUUGUUCCCUGCUUGCAGUGUGGGAUCCGUGGUGCCACACACUCCAGGAGGGGAGAGCAGCUGCUGGUACUGCUCUGGCCCUGCUCAGGGGCUGUGCCCUGUGCUGCCCAGGCCUGGGCUCACCCUGCCCAGGGUCCCCAUGCCCCUGGUGACCCUGCCCAGGCACUGUCAGAGCCACACCAUGGCUGGGGAGCAGCCCUGGCUGGUGCCAUGAGCUGGGCUCAGUGUGACCCCAGAGCUGGGCUCGGUGUGACCCCAGAGCUGGGCUCAGUGUGACCCCAGAGCUGGGCUGAGAGUGACCCCAGAGCUGGGCUGAGAGUGACCCCAGAGCUGGGCUGGGUGUGACCCCACACCUGUGCUCAGCCUGGCCCCACACCUGGGCUCGGUGGCCGUGGUGGCAGGGCUGUCCCAGCCCCUGCUUGGUCCCAGGGCUGCCGGACGUUCCCCAGUGCUCCGAGCUGCCCAUGGGCCCCACUUGGCAGUGCUGGCUCUUCGACUCUCAGAACUUCCCAAAGUGGAAAUUUCCUCUGAUUAAAGCUAAACCCCUGAUAAGCACCUCAGGAAGAGCCUGACCUGGUUAAUUGAAGCCAUUUAUUGCCUCUUUUGCUGCUGCAAUUCCCCAGAAUUCACACAGACUGAGACACCAGCUCUGUGGGAUUGGCUCCUGCCAAACACCACAAAUGAUACAAGAAAAACCAAAGAUCUUUUCAGAAUGACAGAAGACAUUUUAGCUUCUGAAUAAAAGCUAAUGCCCUGAGAUGCCCUGAGAAGCACUGCUUUGUCAACUUCUUGUCCUCCUUUUCCCAUUCCUCUCACAUGACUCCUGUGGAAAUUUUGUUAACUGAGAUACUGUACACAACAUUUUACAGGCUGUGAGUACUGAAGUAAAUUACAGUAAUUUUUGGUUCUUAUGUGGCAUUGGUAAUGGUGUGAUAGAAAAAUCAGUUACAUUUCUCAAUUCUAAAUCUUAAAUUAUGGUGAUUUCACAUUAAAUUUCAAGUCUCCCUUUUGUUUCCUAUAGCUCCUUUGAGAGAUUUAUCUAAUAAUUGUUUUCUGUUUUUGAAGGGUAGAGCUUUCUUCGUUUUGGUCAUCUGCUAAGGUGUGCUUGGCUACAAUUAGGAUUGAUGAUACUUGGGAUAGCUAAACAGAGUACUUGAUUUAAUUUGCAGGUCCAGAUGAAGUGAGUGCCAGUAAAUACCAAAGGGUCAGGCUUGGCUGUGUGGUUUCUAUAGUGAGUUUGGAGAAAUGAUCCAUUUUUCAGUUGAGGUUUGUUGCAGGCAGUUGCAUUCAUUGAUUUGCAGGAUUUCAUCUCUCAGUGGUAGGCCUCUUUGGGACCACAGGGACACAUUUUUUUGGCUAUUUAGAAAUCCUCCCAGUGAGCAGUUCCCACCUGAAGUACUGAGAUUUGUUAAAACUCAUUAAACUAUUCAGUAAAAUCUAUCAACAACCUGCCAGAAAUAUUUUUAAGGAAGAAGAACAUCUGAGCGAUAUCUGUGGGUGUCAGUAAACAGGGAUAAUCAAAUAAAAUCAAAAGAAGAAAUCAUGUGGAUUACCAGGAAAUGGCUGUGUGGUGAAUUUGAUUAUGCUGUAUGGAUUAGCCUUUGUAUAUGAAUUUCUGUAUGUAAGUUUUACCUAUGGGUCUUUGCCAGUCCCUGGUGAAGUUGUUUAUGUCAGUCUAGUCUGACUAGCACAUAAAUAAAUUAAUUUGAUUUUGUU